AUCGCUUGCGCGAAAGAGAUAGACGCGUUAAAUAUAACGUUGUUUAAUAGUUGUAUAAAUUUUACAAAUGUACACCUCUGUAAUUAUUGCACGAAAAUCUUUAUUAUCGUUGUAAACACGUGUGUCUGUAGGCGCUCUGUUGAUAAUAAAGCACUUAUCCUUAUCCUAUCCUACCAACUGGAAGUUCUGAUUUGAUUCUGAUCCUCGGCUGCAUGACCUAAAACUUCUUGUACUUGAGCUUUUCCACUAUGUCUUUGUAUUCUAGUUCUUUAUGGAGAACUGAUACUAUCGUUAUUUCUAAAUUAAAUAAGCCCCCCAUCUCUGUAAGCCCCCUCUUAAAUGGGCUUGAAAUAAACAAGCCCCGGGGGGGUCUUAAUAAAGGUUUUACGGUAAAUAUUUUUCUCAUUUUAUGUUGUGACAAGCAUUCCUUUCCCUUCAUGUGUGAGUACCCUGGGAGAGUUCUCUUACAACUGUAUCAGUUAAAUCAACCCCCUCCCCCCCCCGACAAGCCACCCCAACUCAAAGUUUUAGUAUCUCAUUGUUCACUUGCCUUCCAGGUACACAAGCAAGUAUUAUUAUUAUACUAACAGAUGGAAGAGUAGAUGACAUGAGAAGAGCAACAUCUGAGGUAAGUCUGCUCUGGGUGAAGGUGUUAAAAAUAUUAAUACCCUAGGUACUUAGUUAAGUAAAACUGUGGUUCCAGAAAACACUUCUAGUUCAACUAUAGAAGAUAAGAGUAUUUUCUGCCCUCCUCCUCCUCCUUUCCCAAACACACACACAUACCCUUUUAGAAAUUCCAAUUAAGGUACAGACAUUUGUUUUAACUUUUUCAUCUUCCUGUCCUUGAUCUCCUCCACAAGAAAUGUCCAACCCUAUCUGUGGUAGUGUGUGGGGUGGAGCGUGGGGUAUGAAGAAUUCUGGAAAAUAAUACACAGUAGAGCAAGCAAACUUUUCUACAUUGUAUUUUAGGAACCUGCUCAGUAACUGCAAGGUCAAAUUUUUUAUUACAUGUAUGAUAAUUAAUUUUUAAAAUGAUACUGUCAAGGAAAUAUGUUGUGGUUCAAUUUUAUUCUUGGUUUAAGUUUUAGUUUCUUUUCUUUAAAAAUCAUUAUCUUGUAUUACCAUACCAAAAAAAAGGAAAAUUUAAACUAAGGAUAAAAUUGAACCACAACAAAUAUAUUUAAAGCCAUCAUACAAUUGCCAUUGUUGUGUGGGCCUUCAAUUUACCUUUGUUUCUAUUGUAUUUUUUUAUUGUGCAUUUUAUCAGACCAAGAAGGCAAGGGAAGCUGGAGCAGAAGUUUAUGCUAUUGGAGUUGCAGCAUAUGUUGAAAAUGAUGUAUGUCAAUACAAAAUAAGAGGCUAAUUUGGGACAACAGGAAAAGAGAGCUUAAAGAACUUCCUAGCUUUGAAGUUGCCAGGCUAAUAUUAAUUGCAUGUACCCAACAACUUGGUAUUUAAUUUUUACAGCUGCUUUUACUAAAACUGCGUUAAAAUUUAGUCUUCCAAGCACUUGACGAAAGUUAACUUUCUCUUCAUUUAACAGCUUAUUCGAUUAGCCAACAAACCAUCAGAAUACUUUGUUUUCACUGAGCCAAACUACAAUCUUUUGAAGAACCUUACAGAUGAAGUAAGUAAUUUAAGACAAAAAUGAGUUAUCCAUUAUUUUAGUGCAUCUCUCAAGAGGUUUACAGUUUCAUCAAAGUCUAUUGAACUUAUUGUAUGAAUUUAAAGCAGCCUAAAAUCACAUAUAGCUGAUUUAUUUAAAGGUUGCUUUUGGCAUUGAGAAUUGGGCACUGGGAAGCUACUGUUUAGUGGUCACUCAAGCAAAUCAUUACAGUGAAUUUUAUAUCAUGCCUAAAUGCCUUAAAUGACCCAGUGUCUAAAUGCCAUUUCCCAAUGCCCAAAGCAACUGUUAUUGAGUACAGUAAUUGAACCUCCAGUAAACAAUCACCCAAAAUGAAAAGACUUAGUGGUUAAUCACAGGCGGCCAUCUUCUGAGAAGAGGUCUGGGCACAUCUACUCUAUGGAAGACAAUUUAUUGCAUGCAAGUUAUGCAAUGUGUAGUUCCAUGUUGUUACUAAAGUUCUUUGCAUAUUUUAAGUAGCAUACUGAACACAACAAAGAGAUCAGAGAAUGUGUCAAAGUGGUCGCUUACGUGUACAAGAGGUUAAAAACAAUGGAAAAUCAUUAAACUUUCAGGCCCAAAAAGUGGUCGUUGUCGCUCACAGGAGGUGAUCAUUGACUAGAGGUUCCAACUGUAAAGUUUUGACUGGAAAAGUUGUGGUGUUUUGGACAUAGGCAGACGCAUAUGGGAGGUGGUUGUUUACAAAAGGUGGUCGUAUAUGAAGGUUCGACAGUAAUUAUAAGCUAUAAAUUGGCAAUACAGGCAAAGCUGCCUUCAAGAAACAGCUAUUGGUAGAGCACCCCUUUGGGAGGUAAGGGGGAUUCCCUAUAAUGGCCUUUAUGGGUGGGGGGGAAACUCUGCCUGUUAGGGGUGCCUUUUUUCAGGUUUCAGUUACAAUGUGUAUGAAAAGGGUAUGAAGAUCUGUCAUUUUGGUCUGUUAAGGUCUUUAAAAGGGCUAACUGACGCAUUCUAUGGCUGGUAAAAAGAUGAGAAAACGCUCUGGUUUUGUUAUCUAUUCAUAUUUAAAAGGCAGUGCAUUUUUAGCAAAAAAAGGAUGCAAAUCCCUUAACUAGGUAUGUGGAAGGGGUAUUAUAAAUUUGUCAAUGGACGGUAAAAAGGGGUACGUUUUCUGUCAAAAAUAGCUUUUAAAAGGGUAAGGGGUUGGACCUCGGGCCGGGGCCUACCCGUAUAAAACAGUGUUGAGUAACCCCACCGGGAGAGUACCAUCCUGCAGCCUUUUUUUAAAUUUCUGUCCGUUCUUUCUUAUUUGCAGAUUUCUACUAAGUCUUGUGUGGAGCUGACUUCAGUGGAUCCCCAGCAAGCUUGUUUAGGAGGUAAUGCGUUAUUCUGCAGCUAUUGUUAUGGGUCAUUUGUAUUAAAAGUAAUGUUGAUGUACGUUAGUUUGUCAUGUACCUUAGUGACUUCAAGUUUCUUUUCUUUCUUGUACACUGUAGAAAAUUCCACGGUGACUUUGUACGGGCGUGGAUUUGUAAAGUUCAAUGUAGCUGUUUUUUGUGGCUUCAGUUACAAUGAUACUUACCGUCUAGGUAAGUAAGUGGCCAAAAUAAAAAUAAAUACUUAUUUACGGCAUUUAAAGAGUUUCACCGGGUAUUUUAUCACACAGCUUGUUACAAACCUUGAAAUAAAUUGCUGUACUAUGAACACGUUGACUUGAUUUAGUAUAGAAAAUUCCAAAACUCAGGGCAAAGUUACGAAUAUUUCGACCGAAUCACUUGGACUUCAUCAGCUCUGUGAAGUGACAUGCUGCGUAGCAGAAAAGUAACGAAUGCCCAAGAGAGGAUUGUAAAUUUUGGUGGUAGGUCAAGGCCCUCAUUACUAUUCAGGGAGGGUUUGCUUUGUUUAAUAGCAAUUAGAAGCUUAAGCAGUAACGACGGCGACGGUUUCAAAAAAGUCACUUAAAAGUAAAUGAAUCGCGCUGCUUCAAACUUUACCGCGCUUAUUCCAUCUCGAUCAAUUCGCCGAAUGAUGGCGAUUUUUUCUGGAGUUGAAUUAUAAAAGACUAUAUGAAAGUCAAGGAAAAGAAAAAGAGGUUAUCCCUUUUUACAGAUAACCCACCCAGCCCAGGAAAGGUUGGACACAGCACCGUACCCUAGCUUUUCGAAGAGUGUUGUGAGCAUAAGUGAAAGUGCUGUGAGACGGGACCUAGUUUUUCGUCGUUAUCCGAGAAGACUAGAGUCUAAUCGUUUGCAGAUAAGAUUGAAAAGGCAGAAUUUUUUCUCAGUUAUUUAAAGACACUGAGUGAUGGUCUGGUCGGGGUUUGAAACCGUGACAUUCUGCUCAGCAGACCGGCGCUCUCCCAACUGAGCUAACCAGGCGGCGAUAAAAGGAUAUCGCUAUAUUCUGGAAGAGAAUAGCCGUUUGUUCUUUUGUCGCACAGCCUUGAGAUUGUAAACAAUACCUUGUAUUUCUCUUCUUUCUUAUUAAUAGCAACAAGAGCUAUCGCCAUUGGAGACCGCCAGCUUAUUUGCCCCGUUCCACCUAUGAAGGACGCAAACAGGUGGAUAUGUCUUUUAUUAACCUACGCCAUUUUUCGGGAAAUUUUAGAAGAGUUUUAUUUUACCCAACCUUUUUUCGGCGUCCCUAACAUUUGGGACUUGGGGUUUGGGGGGUGAUAGGUGAAAGUAUUUCAAAUGCAGUAUGAGGCUACUUGUAUUCUACACAAUUCAAAACUAGCAACUAAGGAUGCGUAGAAUGCUCACUAAAAAGUAAUGAUGAAGAAAAUUGCCGUGUUGUAUUUGGAGUUUCUUUCCAAGCGUUUCGGGCUUGGCUCUUCAUCAGUGGUGUUACACGUACGUUAGAAACGUUGGAAGGUUUGCAUACGCCAUGAAAGAAUAAUAAUAAAAAAUAACAAGUAAACUUUGCAGUGCUUGCGCGGCUCUGCAAACGUACUUGUAACUGCAGGCUCGAAACCUUUUGGAAAGAAACUCGAACUGCAACUCGGCUCUUCUUUUGUUCAUCACCGCUGUUUUAUGGAACAUUCUCUUACAUACUUCCUAUUUAAGUGCUACGAAUUUUGUUUUUCGUUAUUUGUUCAGCUAAUGAUGCAUCCUGUUUUAUUGCUUAUCUUUUUUCUUUUCUUUCGCCUUCAGUUCCUUGAUGUUGCAGGUUUCAUUGAAUAAUGGAACAACGUUCGUUUCUAGUAACGUGAACAUUACAACUAAAAAUUGCCCAAAACCGGAAAAUAAUGGAACAACGUUCGUUUCUUGUGACGGGAACGUUACAACUAAAAAUUGCACACAACCAGUAAAGCCGAAUGAGGAAAAAGAAAAGGAAACAGAGCCGACAAAGGUAUGCUACAUUGUAGUGUUUACGUAGGAUUUACGUUUUUUAGGCUACUUACUGCAACUGGUGACAUUUAUUGUGUUCUGGUUAAGCUUUAGAUAUCUAGAUAGCAUUUAUUGAAUUGGCUGUCUUAAUAAACCACUAAAAAAAAGAAAGAAAAAUACUCAGCGAUUUAUGUUUUUCGCCUACUGUAAACUGCCGCUUGUAAGCUUCCACGUGACUUAAAACUCGCUUCCCCUUACCCCUCCCCCCCCCAGUCAUAGGCCGAUCUAGCUGCACGCAAAAAAAAGCAAUUAAACCCCAAUUUAACGGUCCUCGUUAUACGAUAUUCCCGAUAUAACGGGCAUUAAAAGUAAAAUAAAAAAAAAAUAGGAAAAAAAGCUGAUCAUACCAAAACGUCUUUCAACAAAAAGUAUUAAUUAUUCAGAAACAAAGCAAAGAUAUCCAAAACAGCAAAGCCUCCCUCGCCAAAUAUCGUUCGAACAAACGACCCAUUUCUAGUGAGAUAGAGCGCGUAUUAUAUCCUGGUUAGUCAAUGUCCUGUGAUAUCACCAUCAUAAUUAGUAAAGGAUGCUCUAAAUGCUCCUCUUAAUGUUAAUGUGAUUAAGCUUUUUUAAAGUAAAUUUUUUGCUCCUUUUUUUCUAGAAUGAAAAGAAAACUAAUAUUGGGUUAAUCGUGGCGCUGUUGUUCUUAUUGGCAUUUUUGUUGUUGCUUGCCUUGUGGUGGUUUUGGCCGCGUAUCAGAAGGAAGGUGAGCCUGCCUGCAGUGUGUCAUUUGUGUACUAAAACUGACAGGCGUGCAGUCGUGAUAAGAGCUAAAGAAAAUCACUGAUUUUUCUCGAGAAUCUUUUCCUUAGCGAGUGAAUUUCUUUUUGUAAAAUGUUAAGAAAUAAACAUUGCUACGAAGAGUCCAGCCAAAAAGGUCUCAUUUGAAUGGUAACACAAUAGGAUUUCAUCAACAGAUUGAUUUAAAAGUUAGACUGGAAAGACUGGGAGCUACUGUGAAUUCAUAUGAAAUUAUGGUCACACCAUGGGAUUUCUAGCCUGCGAAAACAUCCGUUUCUCCUCGCUCUUCGCCGCUGGGGACGUUUCGCGCGGAGGAACGACGUUCCUCCGCGCGCAACGUCCCCAGCGGAGAAGAGCGUAGAGAAACGGAUGUUUUCGCAGGCUAUGGGAUCUCGGUCACAGAGUCAAAAGUUAGAACCAUCUUACAAGAUUCCAUCAGCCAUUCUGGAUACAAGACAGAAAUACUGAUCAAGCGUUUAAAAUCCCAGAAGCUUGGAGAGCGGUACAAAAUAUCGUCAUCUGAAUGGUUAUUCAUGUUUUCUACUUUAGCGUUGCGUUCAAUGAGAGGGGUUGGUAUGUCCCUAAGGCUCAAUUUCAAAACCUGUCGUUUCGUGUAUGGAGGAGAAAGCCGUGUCGCUGUUGAUAUUUCAAUAUUUUAUUUGAGCGCUUCUCUGUCUCUGUCGCAGUUUUAACCCGUCUUUUUGUCGUUUGUUGCCAUUUUUAAUGCCCUAUGUUGCUGUUUCAAGACAAUGUCACUUGUCGAAGGAUACCCUUAUAAGGCCUCUUCAAUUGUGGACGGAUCUUUUGUGUACGCCACAAUUUUUGUGUUUUUCAGCCACCACCACGUAAUUACCAACCAGCGGCUACAACGGAAAUGAAAGCAAAACCACCCGCUCGUCCCCCGCCUCCUCCGCCUAGGCCAGUGGAGAAAACGGUUAGUUGCAAGACGGUCAUAGACCGGCUGAACAAUAUUGUUCGGUCGGUAGGUUAAGUUUCAGUUUCUUGAAGAAGUCCAAGACAUCGACAUAUUUUUAUUCAAUGGAAUCGUUGUCCCAAAAAAGCGUCGCAGUUUUAAUUUAUUGUUUGUUUACCAGAAUUUGUACAGACUUUUGAUUUGUGUAGAUUUUGAUUGGAAAUAUGGCUAUGGUUAUUACUAGCAUGCUGGGAAGAAAAACAACAACAACAACAACUAACACUUUCGUGUGACGUUGCAUAUUUCAUAUAUGCUAUAUGCUAAUCAUCAGCCAAAUUUUUUUUACAGUUUAUCAAUUUAUCAAUAUUUAUUAUUUUGAACUUGAAAAUGGCGCCAAGAUGACACCGAACGAAACGUCUUUCGUUCUUAUCUGCGUUAUUUUUUACUUGUUUCUGAACAAAAAAAACAUUUAAGCGGAAGGUUGUUAAAAUCUCCUCGUGGUGUGUCGUUUUGUUGUUUGUCAUUUGCGUAUUUCUUGUAUUCUUCUACAGGCGUCUGGUAGAGUAAAAUGGCCGACUGUUGACGCUUCCUACUAUGGGGGUGGAGGAGCUGGUGGAAUUGUUCCGGUGAGAGUAAGUAUUAGAGUGUGUAGGGAGAUUAUCAGCAUGUCUUUGGCGCGGGUAGCGUUUUUCCCCUGGGCAUGAGGAAGAGGCCUUGAUGUCGUGCUUAAUGGGCAGUCAUCUUUGUUUCAGAUGUACCGAGGGAGGGGCGGGGGGAGUCGUUGGGGUGUACAUUUGAAACAAAAACUGCCGCCGAUUAUAGUAACUGCUGGAUCACGACGAGCCUACAGGAAGUAGGAGACAGUCUAGUAAUACUUAAACAAAGUUUUAUAAACCAAGCAGUUUCCGUUCAAAAUUGUAGGUAGAUUGGGGAGACAAAGGUUCAACUGAGGCAGGAGCGAGGCUGGCAAAGGCUAAGGUAAACUAUUCUUUUGAAUUGUACAUGAUUAGUAACCGCUAUGUACUAGAAUUUUCCUCCACUUGCCGUACUGAUAUCUUACAGCCUCCAAUGGCAGAUAGGAAUUUGCUCCUGGUGAAAGAUGAACUAUGUCCAACCGCAUCAUUUCUAAACUGGGUCCGACUAAGGUGUCAGCUUGCCCAUACUUGUAAAUAUAAAAAAAGAUGUAUGCACAUUUCCUCAACGAGAUUCAACCUGCUGGAACCUCUGUAACAAAAUGGGCUCAUCUGAUAGUGGCAAUAUGGCACGUUUUUGCGAAGGCAAAAUCGUGUUAUCAAGGAAUUUACACACUAAGGUUAAUGGUUUCCCGCCUUUUCCCCACGUUCACGGCGUCUUUUGCGCGGGAAAAAAAUAAUAGCUACAUCAGCAAUUGACCAUUUUAUUGUGGGUCCCCCAAAAACGGAGUAGGAGAUAAACAUCUCGAUUGCUACUAUGGUCGCUUUAUCUAGUUUCCAUACUUAUGAAUUUCCCACGGGUAGUUUAUCGCGGUUAGAAGCAAUGACAGCAGUUUUAUGUUACCCGAGGUGAGUGCUUUAUUCGGGGGACUUACAUGUAGAUGCGUACUUAAUAUCACCAAAACUGUUGUUUUUAUACACCUAAUUCAAGAAAGGUUGCUUUGGUAAUUUGUCAUUUGGGCAUACGGAACUCACUUCAAUGAUUUGCUUGAGUGUCCUCCAAACAAUAACUUUCCAUGGCCCAAUUCGCUAAUGCCUGAAGCAACCUUUAUUGAAUCAGGUAUACAUAACUCUUAUUUUGUUUGUAUUUGUAGCCAACAUGGAUAAACGAUACUGACGAUAAUGAAGCCUUAGUAAGUUCACCUUCCAAGAGAUCUAGAUCACCGACACCAGGAUGUUGGACGGCCGCUAAGGUAAAAGGCCUAAGUCUGUUCACUCCAUAUUUCCUCUAACAUCUUGACUGAGAAUUAUAUUGACAUGCUGGAGCAUUGCCAGCUGAUUGCUCCCUUAACAAGGGGAAGGAUGGGGGAGGGGGUGGUGGGGAGCAAGGAUGGUGCAGAGGUGAGAGCACUCGUCUGCCAUAUGUGGCCAGGGCUCGAAAAGUCCCGUCCCGUCUUGUGGGGUUAAGUGACCUUUAAAGCUCCUUGCCCAUGGGCAAUUGUCCAAACCAGUCAUCUUCUAACGAAAUCAUUAUCCAAGAGGACCAAAAAGUGGCCUUGGACAAGGAAAAUGUGAGAGCUACUUGCCCAAAGAACAAGCCGGAGUUCUAGGUUUUUUCGUCGAGCCCUGUGUGGUUUGUGUUUGUUGUUGUCUCUCUCUUCUACCUCAAGAGAUUUUUGUCAGGUAGUCUUCUUUUUGUAGCUCCCAAAAAAGGGCGGACCUGCACCUAUUCCAAACAAGGUUUGUAAUUGGCUGGGAAAACGAUAGGGAUGGUGACGUAACAAUGCCCCAAUCCCGGAAACGAUAGGUAGUGCAGGUUAUAGGGAGUAAUAAAAUAAGAGGUUUGGAAGGGUGCUGGUCAAUCGAAAGAAAAAAAACAGUACUUCUAAAUUCCAAUUCGAUCUGGAACGCACGUGUACUAUCAAGCGAGUUCUUGCGAACUACGUGUUUCUUGGAUAGAAAGAAAUUUACAAUUUACAAUCUUUUGUUUUACAAUUUCCUUUUUCUUAGGUAUAUAACUUUACGUUGCACCGAUUGUUGAUUACAUGAUAUAUAAGCAAGCAAACAUUUCCUUGAGAUUUUUUCUUUUCUUUUUGGUUUCCGAGAUCCAGGAAGAAUAAAUACGUGCAAUCUUGCGGCAGAAAUGAGCCCCUAAAGCCAGUUUCACGUCCUGGCCUCACAACAGGGGAAAAAGGAGGCUUUCGUUUUGUUUUAAAUGUGAUUGAUCGAAGUUUCGUCCGCCUCAUUUUCCCUUUCUUGUGUUCAUGAUAAAGACACGAUGCGCAUAGCGGAAAAUUCCAAAAAUGAAAUGACAUUUCGUGGCGCGAAUAAUCAUUAACUUGGAUGAAUGCAUUUGUUUCUAGAUCAAAGUUCUUGCUGGAGUGGAUGCUAUGUCAGAAGGUUAUAGGAAAGUGGCUUCACGCCGGCCUCGUCCAGGAGGAAACGUACGUUUUUCUUUUCUUUUCUUUCUUUGAUUAAAAAAAAUAAUAAUGAAUAAUAAUAAUGAAAAUAAAUCAACAAGUCAUGCCUACUGUGCCUUGUUUCACCUUGACCCGUACUAGUUACCUGUUUAACCGGGUGUUAUGAUAGACACACCUUCUAAAUCAACGCGCGGUGUAAACUGCAAAACUUUUGUAACGACCGCUCGAACUUUUACCCAGCGUCUUGCGUUGAGCGUUAUAGGUGCAAAUGCACGAUUGUAAUUAACUCUGAAAAUCUAAAUGCAAAUAAUUCAUAUGUAAGUUCUAAAAACUACCAUCCGCUUCCUCAGCGCUUUCUCAAGUUGUAAACGUACUGUUAAGUGAAAAAUAUCCUCAGGGACAAAAUCUUCUAACCAGCACUUAGCGGGUUCCUCUUCUCCUAAUCGUAGAAUGAACUUGUUCGACACAGUCGUCUUGUUCUUUCGAUUGCUCAAGCCACUUUGCCUGCGAUUACUUAGUCCUCUUGUAAACUUUGAUCUAAACUCAUCGUUCGAGAAUAGCUCAUUGGCGCUGACCAAACUGUCCACGGGCCCUCCGAGGUAGCGCUCGUCACUAGCCCCCCUCGCUGCAGCGAGAAAAAGUUUGCGACGACGAAUACCUGCGAGUCACUGGGAAUGAGACUCAUUAACGCUGACGUAAGCAUUUGACAAUGGUAGACUCUCAGAUAUCGCAACGAAGGGCAGUUUGUUAUGAAUCUUCCGAGGGCGCUGUUUGUUACUUCACUGCUAUAGCUGAGAUCCAAUACUUCUAAAAAAGAGCAGGGGUUUUGAGUCAUCGCAUUCAGGACAUCGUCUGUGAUUGCGUGACCAUACCUGUUUGGAAUAGAGUAGCUGUUGUCGUUACAGUUGUCUCCGGCCAAUCACUUUUUUUGUUUUUCAAGGCCUACCAAAAAGGUCAUUUUCAGUGUAAACGCAGUUAGCGGUGCAGAAUGCUUUAGGAUUCUAGUCGUACUCGAGACUUCAAAACUGUUAAUACCGCAAAAUUCCGAAAAUAAGCCCCGGGGCUUAUAUUUUUCGAAGGCCCUCUUCGAGGGACUUAUUUUUGGAGGGGCUUAUAUUCGGAGGGGCUUAUCUACGGAGGGAAAUUUGCGUUUUAAAAUCGAUUGGGCUAGCCUUAUAUUUGGAAGUAAAUUUACUGUUUUUGCUUUGUUUUACUUUGUAUUUGAGGGCAAUUUUUCAAGUACAAGCCCCCGGGGGCUUAUAUUUGGAGGGGCGAUUUAACGGAGGGUUUUUUGCGUUAUCGGUUUGGGGGGCUUAUAUUUGGAGGGGCUUAUACAUGAAGGGACUUAUUUUCGGAAUUUUACGGUAAACAAUACCAUCGUCGAAGGUUCAUGUUGCAGAGGGCCCAUACAGAGACCUUGAAACAUAUUUUGGAUUGCUGGGGCCAGCUUACGCUACGCGCAAGCUCAACGACUACCUAAAGGCGCUAUAGCUUAUUCAGGAGGAUCCCCGGUUUGGCUAUAGCCCUGCCAGCCCCAUAGCUUCGUGGACCCUGCCGUAAGAGUCUUCGCAACUCUCCGUCACAAGUAUGCCUUUGUGCCACUCUCCCUCCCAAAGGAUUGUGACCCACCAAGGCCAGAGGCUACAGCGCAUUGUCACAGUUACAUGCCAGUACAGUUCAAUGCAGUUGUAGCUUCAUGGUUUUGAUGAUCUAGAGGUGGCAUAAAUUAAACCAUUACUAGAUUAGUUUCUUGGUUGUACCCCAAACCUACCCACAACAGCAGAGUCGCAGAUAACGGAGAAACCGACAGCGUGGUAACAUGAAUUUUAAACCGUGUUCAGUCAGGUGUCUGCACCAAGAUAAGUCUACUUCUGAAAUUACCGACUUCUCCCAGCGAACGGACGUAACAGCGUUGUCCGAAACAUUCGUGCCAUCAAGCACCAGUGACGUCAGUGACGAGCAGUUAUCGAUUAGCUUCGGAAGGCUCUCACCCUGAAUGUUGUUGCAUCUUCGGAGACAGAGUGAUUGAAGAUUCCUGUGAAUAAGAUUUUUCAAGAUUCGUAUUAAACAAUGCCUGUCUUGCAAUGACCUCUCCUAUUACACAGGCUUAAGAUUGCGCAAAUUUAGCAAGUUUUCACGCUUAGACCUAGUUUUCAGAUUACUUAUAACGCAGCAGCAGAGCGAAAGGAAAUAGCUUCUCGCUGUUAAUUAACGUUGCAUCUCGUUUUCGUUUGAUUGACUUAAACAUCCCGCCUUCAGUUAAUUCUUAAUGGCAGUCAAUUCUCUGUUCCCAACCAAAAUCUUGGGUAGUGAUGGGGAAAAUGUUCUCGUUCAUCCCAAAUUCUUUACCUGCAGUAUUCUGCGAUGUAACGCACCAUUUGAUCUGUGAGUGAAGAACAGUAACUGAACUCAAGUAUUCUCACAGCUUGUAGCGAGACAAAAACCCGUCGUUUUUCCACUUCCAACUCUAGGCUCUCAAAUAAUGGAUCACUAACCCCAAGGCACUUUACUGUUUGUAGACGGUGGGACAUGACUCUAAAGGCGCAUGGGUGCCCAGAGCUGUGGCGUAUAUCCAAUUUUGAAAGGUUGUCCGGGAACGAUGUCUCCUAGAACAAAUACAAAUAGCUUACAAAUUGUUUUGUUCUAACUCUCUUGUAAUCAUUUGUGCUGAUUCAAUACAUGAGCCAGAAAUUAACAGCAAAUAAAGCGCGUCACUCGCCUGCUGUGCGGGAGAUUGCGUGGUGAAAGCCAGGCGACAAUCGACCACGAUCGCUGUUGUUGUUUUCUUUUUAAAAGAAAUACUUGUAAGAUAUUUCUCGCUCUGAUAUUUUUAAAUGUCGCUGUAAACAGUCGCUAUUUAUAGAACCCAGCUGAGGCAAACAAAUUAUAAUUAACAUUAGCGAGUUCAUCACUUUUGUCAUUGAAAUGGAAUAUCAUCCUUACAUGUCAGGUAGGAGGGGAAGUAAAAGGACUCCUGACGUUGUUCCAAAAGUGAGGGGAUUGAAAACCCUGGUGUCAUGGUUUAUCUCACUUGUGCCGUGACUGGUCUGGGUGGGCGAGGUGGGAACAAACAAGUGCUGAAGCGACACCAAAGUGCAUCUUUUUUGUGCUGUCACGUCCGAUAUUACCUCUUUGGUAAAAGCGCACUUGAACUAUCGAAGCCUGCACGGUGGGAAGCUUAUCUCGGUUUCAGUAGCAUGAAAGACCAAGGUGUAUUGGUAUAUUGCUGCAUUGCUGCCCCCCUCCCCCACCCCUCCUUUCCCCUCCCUAAGAGGGUUACCCCCAGCAGUGUGGUGUGUCGCCGGUACCCAUACAUGCACCUGUUCCGAGUGAAAAGAGUCAAAGUUCUUGUCUAAGGAAACAACGCAAGAACAAGACAUGAAUCCAGACCUAUACACAUCCUAAGUUCGAGUUGUCAACCUCUUAUCCGCCGCGUUGUUUCCUCCGUCAUUCAACCACUCGUUGCAAGGGAAAAAUUGGCACUGUCUUAUCUUCUUUUCUUUUUCGUUUUUCUUUCUUUUUUUGUCUUUAUACCCCUUACUACUCACCUUCCUCGUGAAGUCUUCAACAAAUGUUGUGGACUCUAAACAGAGCACUCUUAGUUUAGGACAAUUCUCCACUAGAACGUGAAAAACUCUUGGCGACAACGUAAACCCUCCUAGGUUAAGCUUGUAUAGCAUUGGCACCAUCCGAGAACGAAUUACCUUGAUAAGGCACAUUUCAUUGAGUUUGUGAAACCGUUUAAGAUUCACUGACUUCCACAGUGAACUGUCAUACGCGAUCAACCUCCAUCUUCGGCAGACCUGGGCAAUGUGGCACAAGUCUGUCUCGCUGAGACAUCGAAAAAUUAAUAGCAAAAUAGUGUCGGGGAACUCUUGGAUAUGCAUUUUUUAAGAGGAAGUAAAAGGAUAAAAUCCGACAGUCGCCAUGUUUGUGCGUAUUAGAACGCGCGCAAUCAUUUGUUACGUCAGUUAAUUGAUUAUGCAUCGGAUCAACCAUCUUGACAACGGAGCUCGAUACAGGUUCGUCGAGAUCCACAUGUCCACCGAACUCGAUCAACAAUCUACCCCGGGAAACCGUGCUCGAUUUGUUGUAACUAGUAUGAUCCUAACCGCGCUGGAAUCCACUCGUACUCGGUCUCCAUAGGCCGUGCUGGACUAGUAAUCGACAUCGUCUUAACUGAAUCGAGCACGACAAGAAUCGAGCUCUCAUUUACUCUUUCUUUCUUUUAACUUUUAGUUCUUUUGUAUAUUUACAUUGUGAACAAGUUUUCUUCGUAAAACGGAAAAACACCAUACAAAAGUUGUCAGUUUUCGUUGAAUGCUGUUUAUUGCUGUUUCUACUUAGUUGACGCUACAUGUACAUCUUAGAAAAACUCUUUUUAAUCGUCCGCCGUCGUCUGCUACUGUUUAUAAAUAUACCUUACAUACAGCUUUGACUUUUCUAAACAAAUGUUCUUAAAAUACCCGCCCAUCGCUUGCUCCGAAUCGGCAGCUACAUUAAUCAAUCUUGUUUGUUUUUUUUUCAGUGGCUGUAUUCUUCAGAUCCUGAAGUUUGA